GACUGCCUUUCUGUUUUUUUGUUGUUUUUUUUUCUCUUUCUCUCACCUCCGAAAAAGAAACGCCAACAAAAGAGCGUUCGGGGAAGUAGUAGUCUGCUGCCCGGCGAGGGAACCGCAAGUUUCGUUGAGCAGCGCGUAAACACUUCACCAUGGUGAACAGCAGACUCUUUCGCACCGCGUUGUCUCUGCUGUUUUUUAUCCUCUUGAACGGAAACGUGGGGAUUUUUCACGCGAACGGGCAGUACGGCGGAGGCGACCGGGGAAUGUCUAUACCGGAGCACGGCUUCUGCCAGCCCAUUUCCAUCCCGCUGUGCACGGACAUCGCGUACAACGAGACCAUCAUGCCCAACCUGCUCGGGCACACCAACCAGGAGGACGCGGGGCUGGAGGUGCACCAGUUCUACCCGCUGGUCAAAGUCCAGUGCUCCCCGGACCUCAAGUUCUUCCUCUGCUCCAUGUACGCGCCCGUGUGCACGGUGCUCGAGCAGGCGCUGCCCCCGUGCCGCUCUCUGUGCGAGCGCGCCCGGCAGGGCUGCGAGGCGCUCAUGAACAAGUUCGGCUUCCAGUGGCCCGACAGCCUCGCCUGCGAGACCUUCCCGGUCCACGGGGCCGGAGAGCUGUGCGUCGGGCAGAACAUGUCGGACCGCACGGAGCCGGACGUGCCCGAGCACUACCCGACCGAGCGCGUCAUCCCCGACCCCUCGAACGGCCAGUUCAGGUGCCCUGCUUCGCUCAAGAUGCCCCCGUACCUGAACUACCGCUUCCUGGGGCAGGAGAACUGCGGCGCGCCUUGCGAGCCCAAGAGAUCCCACGGGAUGAUGUACUUCAGCGAGGAGGAGCUGAAAUUCGCCAGGAUAUGGAUCGGCAUCUGGUCGGUGCUGUGUUGCGCUUCCACGCUGUUCACCGUGCUGACCUACCUGGUGGACAUGAAGCGCUUCAGCUACCCGGAGAGGCCCAUCGUCUUCCUCUCCGGCUGCUACACCAUGGUGUCCAUCGCCUACAUCGCCGGAUUUCUGCUGGAGGACAAGGUGGUGUGCAACGACAGGUUCGACAACGACAUCAGGACUGUGGUGCAGGGCACGAAAAAGGAGGGCUGCACCAUCCUCUUCAUGAUGCUGUACUUCUUCAGCAUGGCCAGCUCGAUCUGGUGGGUCAUCUUGGCGCUCACCUGGUUCCUGGCGGCGGGGAUGAAGUGGGGCCACGAGGCCAUCGAGGCCAACUCCCAGUACUUCCACCUGGCGGCCUGGGCCGUCCCGGCCAUCAAGACCAUCACCAUCCUGGCCGUGGGGCAGGUGGACGGGGACGUGCUGAGCGGGGUUUGCUUCGUGGGCAUCAACAGCGUGGACGCCCUCCGGGGCUUCGUCCUGGCGCCCCUGUUCGUCUACCUGUUCAUCGGCACCUCCUUCCUCCUGGCGGGGUUCGUUUCCCUGUUCCGGAUCCGCACCAUCAUGAAGCACGACGGCACCAAGACGGAGAAGCUGGAGAAGCUGAUGGUGCGGAUAGGGAUCUUCAGCGUGCUCUACACCGUGCCGGCCACCAUCGUCAUCGCCUGCUACUUCUACGAGCAGGCCUUCAGGGAGCAGUGGGAGAGGACGUGGAUCAGCCAGACGUGCAAGACGUACGCCGUGCCGUGUCCCGUCCAGAACCACCGCAGCAUGAGCCCGGACUUCACCGUCUUCAUGAUAAAGUAUCUCAUGACGCUCAUCGUGGGCAUCACUUCCGGCUUCUGGAUCUGGUCCGGGAAGACGCUGAACUCCUGGAGGAGGUUUUACACGAGACUGGCCAACAGUAAACAGGGGGAGACGACGGUGUGAUGUGGUGUGAACCUCACCCCUGGGGGGGAAAAAAAAAACAAAAAAAAAACUGCUCCCUGACAAACUGAAUGAUAAUCCUCUUUAUUAUUUCCUUUUUUUGAUUUUUUUUUUCUUUUCGGACUUACAGGAGACGUUUGCUCUGUUUUUUAUGUACAUACACAUUUGUGAGAUUUUUGUAACUUUAUAUUUGUAUUUAAAGAUUUAAAAAAAAAAAACUCUUUCUUUUUUUUAAAAAAAAACAAACACAUUUUUUCAUACUUCGGACUUAAUGGAAUUGUACACACCACAAAGAGCCAACUGCCCAUUAAGGAUCCUGAGGUCUCGUGACCUGACUUACUGUGGACACCACUGGGAGUAUUUGACACGGAGCGUUUGUGUCUUUGAUCAGUGAGCUGCCUGUGAGCGCCGGGGCCUAUUCUAAGCAGAGUCCCGUGAAACCCAAGUGCUUCCUCGUGGCUCCCUCUUAUCCUGAUUAACCAGCUGUAGUUUGUGUCUGUUGUACGGUCCACAGCAGCUGCUGCUGCUGCUGCUGCCCGGGGUCUGAAGGGGGACAUGUCGGCCGGCGGAGUGGGACAAGAAACGGUGCACAGGUUGUGAAUGUGAGUCAUUGUGACACGUGGUCACAGGCCUGCAGCUCCGGCUCUGACAGUUAUAACAUUCCUUUCUAAAUAAAGCACAGGUGAUCAUGCAAAUGUAAAGGAACAUACCAGCGUUUUGUCAUGUGCGCUACUCCAUCCUCUCAGGCAAUACAGGGGAUUUUAAUUUAACUUUUUUUAAUCCUCCUAUUCACUGAACUGCCAUUUCUGCACUAUGACCAUCACUACUGUGCUUAUUUUGGAGUUUUUUUUGUUGCACGCUCACACAGAUGUAUGUGCAGAUUGACUCUGUGCAACAGCAAUUACACAACUUUGACUGAAAUGAAAGGAGACGCAGACGUUCACGCUGCAGCAGAGAGAACCUAAGGGCUCUCAGGUGGCAAAGAAUCGCAUGAAAAACAUAAAACUAAAAAAAAAAACUGUGUGGCAGCUCGGUUUUAAAGCGAUCGCCGUUAAUGUAAAACAUCCAGAGACGCUGGUGUGUUCCUUUACAGCAGAGAUUCAAAGCAGCGUUGCCUGUAUUUUAAUGAAUUUCAAAAUCCAGCAGGAGACCUCGGUGUGUGUCUGUGUGUGUGUGCGCGUGUGUGUGUGUUAAAGCACAUUUUAAACUGAAACCAUUGUUACUCAUGCAGUGCUGUGUAAAACCAUUGGACACCCUUUGAGCCUUUUUACAAUAUAUUUUGAUAUAUAGUAACUGUAACAUUGUUCUUACGCAUUUUAUUUUCCUGCGGAUUAACAAGGUUUUUUUUUUUGUUUUUACAUUGAAGUCACUUUUCCAAUUUAAAAAAUAAAUAAAUAAAUAAAAAAACAGCGAGCAGUCAUGAGGGUAGAGCUGAACAGAUUAAUCAAGUCAGGCGUUUGAAGGAAGGUUAGUCCCGUUGUAAUGGAUAAUUAGGGUUUGAUUAAUAACAGCGAAAUAAAUACAAAACCUGCAAAUCCAGAUUUGGUGCUUUUUGGUCAUUUGAAAGUAAAGCCGCCAUUUCUACACACGACUAAAGGCUGUGGAAAACUCAUCGCUAUCAAUAAUAACUGAGGAUAUAAUCUGCACUGUGCACAGGGACUGGUAAUGGAAGACGUGUCCUAAAGUUAACUGGUGUCCUCAGAUCUCUUCAGGUCUGCAGCAGCAGUUUCUUUGUGAUUUAAAGUUGAACAAAUUGUGAUUUUCAUCAGCAGCAAAGGUCAAGAAUGAGCCUCGACGGGAAUUAUUAAUGCAUCUUAGUUUGGAUGGGGGUCAGGCGUCAGGAUGCUGCAGGAUGUGAGGCUGGUCCACAGUUUUUUUUUGGUCCAGGUCUCCGAUUGAACUCCUCUGAAGGUCAUGUUCUUUGCAGAUUCUAAGCAUUAAAUUUAGAUUAGAUUUAAAAAAAAAAAAAAGAAACAAACAACCAGAGAGGUUGUUUGUCAUGCACAUUGUGUUUUUAAUGUGUUUUUUCCUGGAGGUUGAAUUAGUCUGAUGCUGUUGAGAGGUGACUCCGGUUGAUUCGGGCGAGCGAACAUGGCUGCGCUGAGGCUCGCAUGUCUUCCGCUGCAGGAGAAAGAAAGGCCUUGUGUUGAAAUGCAGAGCGGCUGCUGUCAGUGCAGCUCGGCUCACACUCGCACAUUUUAUGACUGUGUCUUCUUUUCACUUGCUCUUCCACACGGUGCUUCCGAUUCACAACAAUCCUUUUAUUGUGUCGGCGGCUCCACAACAGUCACAGCUUUGAAGUAAUUUCUUUUGCAUUUACUAUGAAGAGAACCUUUAUAUUUAUAGAAGAAAAUCUUAUAUAUAUAUAUAUAUACUACAUUGAUUGCUUUAUGAGAAUAAAAACAAUCUCAACAUUGCAACUGUCAA